AUGAUGAGCAAGCUUCGGCAGUCCCUGGCUGGUCCAGGUUAUGUGAUCCUCAACGUGAUUCGUGCUUUGAACAUCAUCGUGUUUAUUGAUACGAUUGCGGCCUGUGUGGUGAUGCUGGUCAAGAUCAAGACAGAAAAUGGAUUCUUCUUCUUUGAAGCUGUCACCCAUGCUGUGGUUGCUCUGAUUAAUAUAGUUGCGUUGAUCAUAUCGGAACUCCCCAUCCUACGGUCCUUUGUCAACCGCAGGUGGCCAAUGUUCGGCGAAGAAGCAGGCUUCCUUUCGCUCGCCGUGAUCAUGAUGAUUAUCGGCGUUUCAACUCUUGGGAAUCUUAAUUCCGAUACCAUGAGCCAGAAGAAGCUUGGUGUGACCUUCUGGAGAAUUGUACUCUCUGCGGGCAUUCUGGGUAUGAUCAUGAGCCUGAUCAAUAUCCUUGCUACGCUCAUCUUCAGCGACAGCGAGGCUGGUGUUAGCGCCCGCCAUAUUCGCGCCCACGGAGCGGUUGCGCCGCAGAAGCUGAUGAGCCGGACCAACAGCCGCCGGUCACUGCAGCUCAGUCUGAAACGUGAAGACUCCGUGCUUCCUGGAUACUCUCGAGAACCCACCUCGGCCUUCAAGCGGGCUUCUCAGCGAUUCACCAAUCGUUUCCCACUCAAGAUUUCGUCUCCCCUCCGACCUCCCGAGCAACAGCAAGAUGCAGCUUCAUCCCGAUACUCUCGCGAAACAGCUGAGCCCAAGAUGCCAGACCCGGCGCACCACCCCGCUAUGAAUGCCAGCUAUUCCCUUCUGAUCUUCUUCGCUCCCAUCAUCAUCCCCCGGCUCAUCGGGGCCUAUCGAGCUCUUCGGGUAUCUAUUGCGAGUCGACCGCCACCUCGAGGCCUCCCCGAUCUAGCUGCGCGUGCUUUGAACGUCCUAUUUGGGAGUAUUGUGUACUUCUUUCUCCUCAGCCUGCCUUUCAACCCGCAUGCGCCCGAGACAAAUAUCUUCGCGGUCACCCGUUCACGCAUCAAUACGUCAACGGAUGUGAUCUUCCAGCGUCUGUCUCGCCUUCGACCGGAAGGUCAGUUAACUGAAGCUGACACCCUCUUACGAGACAAGCUCACAUCCCUCGGAGCUCGCAAGGUAUAUCUCACCUUUGGCCCCGAUGCUUUGGUAUCUUGUCAAUACUGCUCAUUCGACAAUCUCUACACUUAUCUCUUAUACUAUCUUCCGAAGAAUGUCCUACGGCCACAUCUGCUCCACCUGUUGAUUCUGGGGAUAGCUACGUCGGCUCCUUUGAGUGGGCCGUAUGGAGCCCGCUGGCGCACCAAGUUUACCUUAGCUGGUUUAGCAUUGGCCGCCCUCGAUCUCUGGAUCGUAGCUACGUAUGAUGCUGUGCAGUCAGCUUCUAUCGCCGUUCGAGCCGGCCAGGUGCCCCCCUCCGGUCUAUACAACUCUAUAACCCUCUUGCGGCCGCUCGCAUUUGCUAUCUGCGACGGGAUAUGUGCCAUGGUCAUCUAUCUCUCGGCCACAAACCGGUUCUUCUUCAAGCCGCCGUCGACUGCAGAACAGAUAGAUCAGACUGUAUCCGCGGCCCUCGUGGCGGCGUCCAAUGCCAACUUGAAGCUCCACGCUGCUAGCGUAGCGCGCAACGCUGUCGUACGAGACAAAUCGCUUAAAGCUCGGGAUGAUGUAUACUGGCAAACCAUGGUGGCGGUGGAGAAUCCGACUCGGGGCAGCGGGAAUGGGCUUCAGCAGCAGCCGGUGAAAAAUGGUACGGUGGUGAACAAUAUCUGGGAGGAGGAGGAAGUGGCUCGAGCAAUGUCGCGGGCGAUGGCAGGCCACGGCGGGGUAGACCUGGCGCAACUGGGGACCAGCGCCAAUGACUUCGUACGCGGGGUGACGGAAGGUUUAGACUAA